AUGGCUUCCUCGGUACGCACAAGCAACAGAGGGGCACCUCCUGGCUCUCUCAGAAGGAGUUCGCGAGAUAACGAUCAGCAGAUUAUUGAUUCUCCUCCCCUGGACAUCGCACAAAAGAGAAGUUCAGACGUGGAACCGCAGGUCUCUCUGCCUCCGCACGGCGGACGUUCGUGGCGGUCGGGAGGCGAGAUUAGCUCUCUGCUGGCACCCGCGCGCAUCGAAAGUUCCCUGAUCACAGCCGCACUUGGCUGUUCACCUGCCCUCGCAUCACUUGCUCAGAGAGCCGAUGUGGGAAGUGCAGCAAAAGACGUUGACGCUGAGUCUCUAAACAUCUUGACCCCCGCGAGUCAUCAGAACUCCUCUUUUCCUUCCGGCCUGGCUGAAGUGCCUCCGCGAGCUUCGACGUCACCCCAGCCUUCGCUCCUGGGUGGUGUUUUUGCUGGGCUUUCUUGCUGCCGGACGACCUCAGCAGAACAGAGAUCGGCUUCCUCCAGGUCUGUCGCGCUCCCGCCUACCCACACAGGCUCUGCCGCCGCAGUUCCGAAUGCGAUGGCCUUGAGUCCAAGCCUCACCAUUUCGUCCGGUGCGGUCAACAGCUGCCUUUCUCUUGAUGAGCCAAAAGGCCUCUGCGGAGCCGGAUCGGCCGCAUGCACAGCCGAUGCAACUCUCGGGAGACUCAGUGGAGGCGCGGGUGCUAGUCCCCGGCUUGCUGCUGCUGUGCCAAACCUACUCUCGAGUGUGAGCCCUAGCUCGCUGUUUACAUCAGUGCCUACAGGGAGCGCAGCUGCCGUCUCUGGAAGCCUUUCCGCUCCAUCGCCGCUCUCUGGCCACCCGUGGGCGUCGCUGGCUUCAGCCUACUGCUCCCGGGAGACCCUGAUGGGCCGAACUAGCGGAGAGCCGAGUCUUGUAUCUGGAAGUGCGGGGUUCAUUCCCACAGCUCUCCAAACGGCGUUCCACUGCGGAAAGGAAACCCAGGGCAAUGGAAGUACCCAAACGCAUGCUUCUGCUCUCAACAUGCAGCAGGUGCCAGCUCAGACCCACGGGCCAGUGGGUCACAUUCAUGGACGAGAGAGCCUGCCGAAAGUCGUUGGCGUCCGCUAUGACAAGGUGAAUAAGACAUGGAGGGCUUCGUGGUACGACCCGCAAUCUCGGCGGAGAGUGGAGCGCAAAUUCAGCGUCAAUAAACUGGGAUUCAUCAACGCUUACAACAUGGCCACAGAGUGCCGAAAGCUGCAAGAACAGAAACUCGGAUUGCGCGACAGAACAGGUCGCAAGCAACAGCAGCAACAGCCAAAGAGCCCCUCUGUGGUGACGCGCGCCCCAGCUGGAGUCUUGGGAUCUGCCUCCCUGCCAACGUGCAUGCCACAUCUGGAACUGCAACGCCACCAAGAACUGCUGGCUCAAACGUCAUCCUGGGCGCCGGCCCAACCGCUUGGCUCCGAUCGCCUUGAGAAGGAGUCACUGCAGCAGUAUCUCCCCUUUGAUUUCGAGCGCGCUCUGAACUCCCACCACUUAUCCGCGGGACUUGACGCCUCUGGAAACUUUCCGUCAGCAGACGCGUCCACCAUCGCUGUUUUUUCUGCCGCCACCAACUCUUUCUUGCCGGCCCGCGCGCCUCUCAACCCUGUGGAGGAGCGCCAACGCUCCCCUGACCUCCGGCACCAGCACCACAUGUCCGUGCCAGCCCCGCCGAACGGAGUGAAACCUGAGGCGCACGGUGGACCUCCCCAUGCGGAUCUUUCAAACGCGCCGACUCAACAAGUUCAGGUGUCUCAUCUCUCCGACCACCUGUCGGGAGGCUCUCUCCCUGAGGCUCAGACUGGUGCAAGCGAGAGCGGCAUCAGCCGUUCCUCGACUCGGAGUCGGAAGCGAAAGGAUCCUCCCGAAAACAGUGCAACCCCGCAGAGCUGCCGGUCUCGAGGAACUGAAGACGCCCGCACACCCAACGGUGGACCUGGCGCGGAGGACGAGAAGGCGAGGGAGGAAGUGAUCUGGAUGGGAGGAGGAGGAGGAGGAACGCGCUCGCGCGACCAGGGGCGCCAGCUUUCGGAUUCUCAGGACCCAGCUGCGCAUGAGGGAGGAUCUCACAAUGGAAACUGCAGACAUGCUGGGAGGGCCGAAGGCGCAGGCCGAGAGCUCUACUCACUCCGGCUCGGGCAGCGGGGGACUAAGAUUGGAACGGCCGAUGGAAAGUCUACAGGGAAAGACGAAGGCGCCAGGCACUCUGGUGAUGACCUCGGUGCGUCUUCUGACGGCGAUGGGCAGACCUCACAAGAAGAACGAGAAGAUGGCACUGCGAAAAAGCCUCGACUCCCAUCGACGAACGACGAAAGUAACUCUACAAAAGGUGGAGGCAAACGGUCUGGAACGGGUGACGAGACCGCGCGUGACGGCGAGCCGGCAGACAAAGUUGCUUGGGUGAGCAAGGGCACAGACAAGGCCGUUGUAAAAGAACACACCUACCGCGGAGGAGGACACACCGCGGGGCAAGGCUCGCGAGAAGGCGGUGAUCCGAGCAAAGCUGGCCGUGAAGAAAAACCGCUUCCGGUGGUCGGCGAUCGCACGCUAUCGGGCAGCAGGAAAGAGAGCAACGGUGGACGGUCCGCAGGGCCAGAGGACACUCGUGAGACCAGAACCCAAUUCGAGAAAGGCCAGGAGAGACGGGAAGUUCGCGAGCACGCUGGUGACGGGAGCCACAGAGUGAUAUUCUCGCGUCUGGACGCGGACUGUGGCGGCAGACACUGCGCUGGAGCAUGCCGCGGCGUCCCCAAUAACUCGCUGUCCUGCGCCUUCACGUGCCAGCACCUCAGUCCUUGCUCCAAGGCCGUUGGAGGAGGGGUGUGUUGCUGCCGAAGGCACUCCGCAACUCUCCAGGAAAGCAGCUGUGACACCUCGUGCUGCAGCCGUCGCUGGACUUGCACCUGCUGUGGGGACGACUGCCAAGGAUUCCCAAGGCCUGUGGCGCGUCACGGGCACCACAUGAAAGAGGAGUGUCUCCCUCACGGUGCCUGCGGUGGCAGCUCUGGUCAAGAGUCGUCGCUGGGCAGCUCCAGCCACCCUGUCUCUCGCGUGCAGCAUGCAAAGAAGACCGGGUGGAAGCCCACUGGCGCGUCGCCAUUUCAGACCGCGUCCGUCUCCCCGUCGUCCUGCUGUCCACAUCACUCGCAGGCAGAGGGGGGAGGCGAGCUCCAAGGAGACUCCGCGGCAGGCUGUGCAGACGAGAGCGACCCCAUGAUCUCUUCCGGCAGUGUAGAGAGGGAUUGGUUUUCCUCGUCUUCGCUCGCGGGCGAUGCACCCAGCAACGCCGCGCCAACGGGGCCUCUGCUCAUUCUCCAUCUCACCAAAGAGCUCGUGCUCCUGCUGCUCCAGUCCGUCCAGGACGCGGUCCGGGCGCUGGUCCCGGAGGGCCAACUGGUGGAGCAUUUUGGCAAGGCCGAGGGCGGCGCUGAGGACUUUUCGUCGGACCGAGAGUCCGAUUCGCUGUCGGGCAGAGAGCGGGACCACUGGCGAAGACAGCAGAAGACUCGCGGCGAGGCCUCGCCGCUGAAACGCGAUUCGACCGGCGCGGCGGACCGCGACAAAGGGAGUCACGACACGGGCUGCGAGAUCUCCGCUGCAGAUGCUCGCGUCUGCGUGGCUGCCCUUGAGCGGCACAAAGAAAUUGUGCGAUUGGCAACGAAUGUGAACAGUCUGGGGCGUUACACGAGGAUUUUCAGGGUGUGCAUCAAGAACAAGCAAGUCCCGACUCAGUUGCCGCAUCUCGACCUCGUCCAACUGUUGCGGCAGCUCCUGACUCUGUCGAGUGUGGAGAGAGACACUUCGAGUCUCGGUCCCACAGGGUCUGCGUCGGGGGUCGAUGCGAUGCACGCCCGCAGCACCUCAUCAACAGAAGGAUCCUCCGGGUACAUGAGCCCCGCUGAGUCCCUGCGACGCCUGCCAGGCAUCAGUGGCUCCACCGGCUUAGCUCGAGAAGAAAAGGCAGACUGCGAACGCACAGGUGUGACGCCGGGGAGAGGCGGCCGUGUGAGUCGCGUCACAACUGCUGGUACGGACGAAGGCGGAGACCUUGAGGACGAACAGGAAGGCGUCGGAAAAUCUGAGAGCGGUCCUCUCCAGGGGCUGAAUCAGGGAGACACUGACAGCGAGGGACGCCUGAAGGACGGAGGCGGACCUUCAGGCGGCGGGAGCCGGGAGACAGGGCGCGUCGGCCCACUGUCGUCUUCCCGCCUCUCGAGCUCUCGCCGGGGAUGUGAAGACUCCGAACAAGAGCGAAUGGAAGAGCGCGAACGGGUGCAAACCAAGCACGAACAUCCGACGCAGUCGAGCCACCACCAUAACACACGAAGCAGAAGCCAGUCGGCGAGAAUCGCCGCUUCAGGGCGUGGAGGAAGCUCUUCACAUGGAGCCGUUUCGAGCGUGGGUUCGGCCUCGCUCUCGUCUGCAAACAGGCCCAGUCGAGCCGCAGCGGCGCGUCGUGGCUUCUACAACACGCGUCAACAGUCCACGGAGUCUCCGGAGUGUCUGGAGAUAAAGACUGCGGAUGCAGCUGCUGGAAAGGAGGAGCGAACCUCGAUAAAGACUGAACUGAGUUCCUCCAGUUGUUCGUCAGGGACAGCGAAUCCGACCUACUCUAGAGGAGGCGCUCAGAACCACAGAUUUCUCUCAGCAGCCUCGUCGAACGCCGAGGGAAUUUCGUCACUCGCCUCGUCUCAAGCUUCCCCAUCCCCUCUUUCGAAGCUUCCUCCCUCAAUCUGUUUCGGCGACCGAGUGCGGUCAGACUCGUCUUCGGGUCAUUCGGGAGACAUCACAAACACUGGCGUCCCGUGCUCGAGUGAGGACGGUCUCAACGAGGGCCAAGAUUUCGACGGCGCUGAAGGCGGCUCAUCUCGAGAAGGCGAGAGCAGUGUUCCAGACUCCCUUGCUCAGUUGCUUCUCUAG